UAUGUGCGAUAUCCUUAGCUGCUCGUUCAGCCUAUCAGAUAUCCGAACCAUCAUCUGAUAGAGCGAACAGUUUGAUGAAGGUUCCGGCAGUCAGGUGUCCGGCCCUUCAGGUCGUUGCCUUUCCCCCCGUACACAGACCACUAGGUCACACACGUCCUUUACCUCUCCCCCUUGACACACAAAGCCAAAAACACAUUUCUGAACGUCCGCUGCAUCUGGCCCCCAGCACGCAGGCCACCACGUCACACGCGUCUUUCUCUCUUCCAUACCCCCCUUAACACACACGACCCAUCGAAGGCACACUUUGAAAGACAAGAGAACAAACUGCCGAUCAAUUCCCGAUUGCCUCCUGGACGGCAAUGGACGAUUCAAGCACCUCCUCGCGCCACAGCGCCAUAGCUACCCAGAAGAAGACGAUCAAGACUCCAAACACUGACACCAGCGAUGCGCAGAAGAAAAAACUCCUCAUCUGCAUACCCACACAAAGACAAAUACAUACAUACAGCACCAACACAUGCCCAUCGCUGCCGCAAACACACAUGUGCGGCCGGAUACGUGCCCAGGUCCUCUCUGCUCUUGUCGUACCCUCUCCAGUCCUUUGCGCUUUUCUUCGUCCUUCUCGUGGCGAAGACGAAUGUACGUAUACAAAAGCCCUAUAUGAGACACACACAACAACGGACGGACACACGCAUGCGUCGGUAUGUCUGAUGUCACUGCUAUGUGUUGGCAGCGAACCAGGGAUGUCACAGCAGCAGGCCGCAAGGGGCAGAAUGCAGCGAGCGCAGCCGCGCGACCAGCCAUACAAGCACUUCAGACUGCAGGCAAACCACACUCAAAGACAAGCGAAUCGACAUUUGUGCCUCAGUGUAGGGGUUGUGUACAUACAUGCGACCGCCGUCAACGCCAGGGGGGAGAACGCACAGCUCUCUCCUAAAUUGGCCACUGCGUGAGGCGCGGAGGAUGGGGCCAACGAUGCCGAGGAAGAAGACGGCACCGACGGUGAUGUAGAUGAUGCCGACAAUGCACAAGGCCCUCUAAAACCACACCCCAAGGCCCAAGACGUACAUAUCGACGGCAAAACACUCACUUACCCAUCCACUUACCUCGUACGGCCCUGAGACGUAGGGCAGGUAGAGGAGGCCGAUGAAGGGCACCGUCACCAGGAACGCAAUCAUGUAUGCCCAGGCGACGCAGACAAAGAUUCGAUGGGGCACCGAGUCGCCCUGUAGUGCUUUCUUCUGCCCGCAACAAUGCACAGCAGAAGAAGAGAUCUCCACGGCUGUCUGGUUCUUACAAUCGCAAUUUGUAGGCGGUAAGCUCGGAGAAGCAAAGAGAUCUGGAGACCCUCUCAGAGCCAAAAUGAAAGAGACAUACGUGUAUUGUCAGUGCCUGUUGCACCUCGAAAACCCAGGAACGUGACAGUCCAGGGCUGGAGAAGAACUCCGCAAAGAACUCGAGCAUCACCUUUUCCUGAUCGACGGCACAGACGGACAGAGAAAAAAGUCAGCUCUUUGUCUGUCUCGAGAGGUGAGGCACCUGAUCGCCAUGGAAUUCCUUAAGCGCGCCGUCUACAUCGUGCACCCAUUAAGAAUGGGGAAGCAUGAUUCCACACUAAUUUUUCCACGCAUACUUACUGAGGCUGUUGACCAGCUCGGACGCAAACCAGAUGCUGAUGGUGAGCGCACUAACCGACAGAGACACAGAGCAUGCAUUCAUGAAGCUGAGCUGCUCGUCUCGUUUCGCGUGCGUACAUGUCGAAGGCAGCCGAGCGGAAGGGCGACUCGUCGUCGAAGGGCACAUACAGCAGCGGCAGCACCGACGUGACUGUAGUGAAUAUGACGGUCACCUUCACACCCGUCGGCCAACGGUACCGGUUAGAGGAUUCUGUUGCCCGCUUCUUGGCUUCAUCCACACGCAGUCUCCACACCAAGCAGAUCAGCAAUACGAGGGGAAGCGUAACCGUACCAUCCCGCUGCUGAACUUCUCGUGCCAGGCCUUCUUGAGCUGUAGGCUGCUGCACUGUGUCUCCUCCUCUCUGGUCCUUGGAGCCGUCGGCGUCCCUGUCCUGGGCUCCCGCCGUAUCGGCUUGCGCCUUCUCCUUUUCUUCCUUUUCCUUCUUGUCUCUGGCCAGCCUCUCCUCGACUGCAAGUUAAAUGUGUGUGAGACAAGGACGGAGCAUAGCUACUUGAUAUGUGACAUAUCUGUUUCAAUGUGGUAUUCUCGCUUAGCGUUGAUCGUCACCAGAAAUUCCAGGAGUCCGACUGAUCCGAGAAUACGCAACAGGUCCAGGACAGCCUCUUUCGGUCGUGAGUCUUCCUCCAUCUGUUGCUGCGCCGUCUUUGUUGUUUUGUCCGCCCUUUUCUUGGCCCCUCCUGCUUGCUUGUCCCCCUGCCCCUUUUUGUCUUUUUGUCUAUUUCGCCCGGUCAGCUUCGCAUCCUCUCCCGGCAUUCCGCUUAUGUGUCCUGCUGCUGUUUUGGUUGCUGGCUCUUCCUUGAUGUCGUCUUUGUCUUCAUCUUGUUGGUGAACACGAAUGUCGCUCAGUCCAACGCCGCAAGACUCGUCUUCACGGCGUUCAACGUCUUCACGGUCUCCAAUUUGCUCCCCUUCUGGCGCUCCGCUUCCGCCUGCUUCGGCAGGUGGGGCCUUGGAUUGCUCUUGGCUGUCUUUCUUUUCCGGUCGUGUAUCUUUCAUGCACUGCGACGAGCAGCGAAAGUAGUUCUUCAGGGGAAGCCAAAUCGCAAGGGAUUGAAUGGCCAAUGCCGCGCCGAAGAAAAUUGAGUGAUAUCCGACACCCGCCGAACCAAAAGCCCUGCAUUCAUCGACGUAAUCACACUCUGCAUUGUGUGCAUUGGGCGGUGCGAGUAUCUUACGUGAGCCCAAAGAGGAGACCGAAUUGCGAGAGUUCCAUGAAGGUGAGCCAAGCCUUCUUUCUAUUCUCGCCAAUCCAGGCACGGCAGCCGGCAAGCAUGCGUCUGCAUGAAAGCUUCCCCUCGUCCUCCUCAAGGAGAUCCUCAAUGAUGCCGCUGGCCAGGGCGUGGACAAAGAAGACGGCAAAGAGACCCAAUGUGUGCCACACGUCACCCUCAUCCACAACGAGAAUGGCCCAUAUGUCCUGCAGGGUGUGAUGUAAUGCGAUUGACCGCACUGCAGGGUGUGAUGUCACUUUCCUCUUUCUCACCUCUGCCAACGUCAAAGCACUGAUGAACAGCCCGAUGUUAAAUUCUGCGUUGCACCACUCCAUGUGCAAACCAGGCAGAACGACAGCGGCCAAAAAGACGAAGAGGAGCAUGGCGCCGACGAUGCAGAGGAUCACAAUCGACAGGAUCAUGUCAAAGUCGAAGCCGCACUUAGGGCAGAUCAGCUGGAACCAAGUGGGCUUGGGCUCUGGCGGGGGCGGGGGCGGCUCCUGGUCGGCUUCGUAGCUGUCAAGGAUAAAAGUCUCGUUCUCGAUUGAGCCCAUGGCAUUGGGCAUGUUAAGGAUAGUGACUACCAAUACGAUGGAACAGAAAACACUCUCACUCAUCGACGCAGUCGACACCUGAGAUUAUUCACCUGAGAUGUUGGCAGUGAUGUUGAUCAUUACGGUGGCUUCGCGGUAUCUCCACGGAUUAUGGUCGUCAUCUUUGGUGAACCGAUAAGAAAUAUUUCUUCUCAGCUUGGAAAAUCCAUUGAUCUCAGGGAACGCUGAGAGAUCUAUUAUAUCCCAGGCAAAGUUGACGAGGUGGACACGGCCGGAAAUCUUGGAAAGCACGCUGUACACCAAUAAGAAACACGUAUAGGGAAAAAAAGAAGGACCUUCACUUACAAUGUGUCAGCGUAAUUGGACCCGUCCUCGAGCACUGAGACACAAAAAAAGCACGACAUCCAGCAAUUGAAUCAACUGAAUCAGUCUGCGCACCCACCAUCAUCACCACCUCCACUGACGAAGGUAUCACCGCCCCCACCUCCAUAGAGGACAUUGGCCUCUGAGUUCCCCAUCAGAACGUCCCCACCUGUUGUCGAGCCCGUCAGCGCGUCGAUCAAUGUGUCUUCGGGGAGGGUCAUAACUUUUGGAUACUGCGACUGUGAGCAGCUGAUCUCAUUAGCCGACUCGAGAGAGACUGUGCAGUUUGCGGCCGCAUCAAAGGGGUCGGAAUCGUUCACCUUCUCAAUCGCCACUUGAUUGGUGUUUAUGAGGGAUGAAAGAUCCUGCCCAAUCCAAAAGUUCCGCGGCAGGAGCUGAGUAGGUUUGAUAUGGCGCAUCUCGAUUGUGUGCUCUUGGUCCAGGGCGAUCUCUGUGAUGGGAAUGUCGCCAUCGGCUUUCUCGGUCAUGAGAGACAUGAUUGAGCUGGGUGUGUUGACGUCUGGAAAUGCCCUAAGGUCCAAGAUGUCAGGAUAGAAUCCCCUCCACCCGUAGCGUUCAGUUGAGUUCAGCCAUAGGUCGGGGCUGAAUUCGCUAAUUUCGAGGUGGCUGGUCGUGCCCGGCGUGCGUAAGAAGACAAAGGUGUCACGCGAUACAGAACCAUAUCGCCGUUCUUCGUCAUUGCCUCCAAACAGGUGGUGUCUUCCGCCGGCUGCUUGUAUGUAAUCCGGGUCUGUGCCUCCUUUGAUAAUGCAGCUGACGCAGUCAGAGUGGAAGGACCUCAAGUCGUUGUAGCCCGUUCCUCGAUAGCCACUUGCCUUGAGUACCGUCAAAGCUCCUAGGCCUUCGAUCCAGAUGUUUGGGAGGUAUGUGUGAAUGACAUCCGCAUAGUCCGUGCCGAUCACUUUUGCGAUGGUGCUGUUUGCGUGGACGAUAAUGCGCUUCCCAUUCUUAGCGGAUGAACAGUCCAGCACCAAGACUUGUCCGGGCGGUGGGGACCAGUCCGUAGGGACUGCCGUAGUAGAGACAGCAGCUGUAGUGGACACGUCAUUUGUGGUGGGCUCCUCUGUCGACGAACUACUGCUACUGCUGGACCCUGAAGAGCAAAUAUAAGAAAAGCCAAUGAGACAUGCGCAAGCUUUAUUGCGUGUGCAGCACACUCACCAUCGUCUGACGUAGUCGGCUCUUCUGUUGUUGUGACCGAAGGUGCGCCAGUGGGCGAUGAAUCUUCAUAUUGUAGCUCACAGCCUUCCGUGCCGUCGUCCCCGAGCACUAAGUCAGAGAUGUCCUCAAGUUCCAGUGUCCUAUCAAUGAUCAUCAUCACUAGCUCGGAUGCUGAGAGGCAAUUGAGAGACGGAUCAUGCCAGAGGAUUCCGUUGCACAUGAAUGUGUCACGUACGCAGAGAUCCAAAUCUGAAUCUGAACUUUGCCCGAGCGAGCUCGUUCGGUAGCACGUCCUUGAUGCAAAGCCAGUCGGCAUUAUCGAGCUGCAUCGUGGUGUCUGUGAGAUUAUCCGUAAGAAGGGGCUCAACAGCAGACCACUGGAAGAGUGCAUAGAAGGCCCCGACGUCGAUGAAGUCUCCGGAAGCGGGCAUCAUGUCAUAUAUUGUGUUAAAUGACCCGUUCACGCUGCGGGCUGGUAUAAACUUAUCUGUCUCACUAUCG